AACCUAACAGGGUGUGAUGCUCUAGAGUAUAUAAGCUGAGAAGCUCCACUUGUGCCCAUGGUCGUGUCCCAGGUCAACAGUCAAACUAGAAGACAUGAAGAUUAAACUCAGUUCAGCACUGCUAGGUCUGCUGACCAUCAGUGUGGCUGCUAGCCAGUCAGUACACGACUGCAAGGAGAUCAAGUUGAGGAACGUGCAGCAGAUUGAUGCAGGAGCAGGUCAGGUGGUAGCUGUGGACCGCACCCGGCGAGUCUUCCACCUGAUUGGCUCCAACUGGAUCACCCAAAAUAGCUAUAUGAAGCAUGUUAGCGUAGGACCAGCAGGGAUUUGGGGAGUUGAUCGCCAGGGCUUCAUCAACAAGGUUGUGGCAGGAAAAUGGACACGGACAGCAGUAAACCUGAUGAAGCAGGUGGAUGCGGGAGGGGACCAGUUUGUGACUGCGACUGGAACUUUCCAACACCAAGUUUCCAAACAACAAGUUUCUCCAACAGCCAACCUCUGUGUGAACCGUUCCUCUGCUGUGGCCUUCAAGACACCAGGAAAUUCUGUGUCCACAGUUUGGACUGCAACCUCAGUUGACCUUAAAUACAGCAGCUGUGGCCGUAAUGCUUGCUGGCUAACUAACCACCAAGAUGAAGUAUUAUUCUUUGAGAAGGUGGAUCCAUUCACCUGUCAGGGCAUGAAGAUCAUGCGUAAGGUGAAAGGAUCUUUAUCUAUGGUGGAGGUGGCUACAGAUGGCUCUGUAUAUGGGGUGAACAACGAAGGUCAAAUCUUCCGCAGAGAUGGCAUUUCCAUCCAGAGGCCUCGAGGAACCAGCUGGACCCACAUUGACGUGUGCCUACCAGCUAGACACGUCAGCUACGACCUGGGCCGACUGUGGGUGGUCACCAAGACUGGGGUUGCUCUGGAGUGUCUCAUGUAGUCACCCGACGUGUGUCCAGUGUCCACACCAGGCCACUAAGAGCACAGGAGCUUCAGUACACAGUCAGCAAAUGUUUAAGAGAGGAUUUCGUUGGAAUGAUAGAAAACAUGUAUGUCUCCUGAGUGUAAAAUAAUUUUUGCCUUUGCACUUUUCAGAACAGAAAUGAUUCCAAUUAAAAGAGAAACUUCUAAAGA